UUUCUAGAAUUCUAUGUCAAUAAUCUGAAGUGCGGAACGUCACCAACGAAAGUACAAAGACCCAUUUCGUCUGGAGAAGUGAGCUGUCGUCUUCCGAAUAUAGAUCCUUUUGACACAAGUUCCAUGAGGUAUUUUCUACCUAUAGUACCGAUUGCGUGUGAACGCGACGCAACGCUAUUUACCAGCUACCGUGAUGGUCUUCUCAAAGUCGUGGUUUAUCAUGACAGAGGUGCGCCUGUUACAAAUCUGUCCUUUCAAACGAUACAUAGGCAAACGGGUGGCUCCGAUUCUGGAUUCCGCUUAGGAAAUCGCAGACCAUUGAAGUAUAAAGCACCAGUGUUGAAAUUAAACCACGAUUUCAUUCAAGUGAACGCCGAGUUCUUCAAUGGAGUGAAACAAACUGAUUUUCACGCACAGGUUGUCCCCAAAAGUCACGUGCUGCGGCGAGUACCGCAACAAAGGGCUGGUAUACCAUUAAAUAUUGUCAUUUUAGGAUUGGACCAAACCUCACACGCAACUUUUCAGCGUCUCCUUCACAGCUCGUACAAGUUUCUGCAGAACGAGCUACAGGCAUUCAUGUUCAGUGGGUUCUCUUUAGUAGGUGAGGGGACCACGCCUCAGCUGACAGCGCUCUUGACCGGACGGAGUCUGGAGGAGAAUUGUAAAAUUCACGAGGCGAGGACUGGCUUCAAGGGCGCCGGAACUGUGGAUCCAUGGCCGUUUAUUUUCAAGACGUUAGAGGAGUACGGUUACGCUACUAUGUUUAGUGAAGAUGCUCCACCUAUAGGUAAACUAGUCACAUCGACUUCUUUCCUGCAGUGCACUGAUCUCUUUUAUUUUCUUUGCAGUGUUAGUAAGCAGUCUUUGGGUGCCCUGUGUGUCUUUCCUAUAGCGAGCAAUUACUGUUAGUAGGUAUUUAUUUCCCCUCCAAGCUAUCGGGAACUAUUUACUUCCAAAUCUCACCCGCGCAGGAGUCCAUGUAGCUCCUCUGAUCUGGAAGAACGAGCUGUUUGUUUGGGUUAGUAUAUUAGGCCGAAUUUAGGUGACGCGACUUUGCAAGAUGGUUCCAAUUGAUAGUUAUUUCGACAGCUAUUUUAAUGUAAGUUAAAAUUAUAUUUUUUGCUUUCAGGUGCUUUCAAUAUGAGACUCAAAGGCUUUAGUAAGCCACCUUGUGAUCAUUAUGCGCGAUCGUUUUGGUCAGCGGUGCCACACAAACUAAACGAGGGAGUACUUCAUGAGAAAUGCAUCAAUGCUCAACCUCAACACAAAAUUCAGCUUGAAUAUCUGAAGAGCAUGUUUAGAGCUUAUCCCAAGACACCUAAAUUUGGUUUUAUUUUUCUGAGUAGCCUCUGCCAUCAUAACACAAUAUUACCACUUGGUGCUGCAGAGAAAGACUUUUACGAGUUCUUUAAAUCGAUGCGGGACUUGGGAUUUUUGAAUGACACCAUGCUCGUUGUCAUGGGAGACCACGGCGCUCGCACAGGGGAGUUCCGAUCGACCAUGCAGGGAAAGCUGGAGGAGCGGUUACCAUUGCUAUCCAUUGCGCUGCCAGAUAACUUCCUCUUGAAACACUCAAAACUGGCAAAGAACUUCAAAUCAAAUACAGAUAUUAUCAUAUCACCGUUGGAUUUACAUGCAACUUUUAUGCAUUUACUCAAGUAUCGUUUUGAUCCUUCACAGACAGAACUCACCCGUGGAAUAAGUCUUUUCUCAAAACUUCCUCGAAAUCGAACAUGUCAAGACGCUAAGAUACCAGAGUACUUUUGCCCAUGUGUUCAGUGGUUGCCUCUAAACACGACCCAUGCGCAUGUUCGUAUUGGCGCCCAGAUUGCCUCUGAUCACAUUAACAGCUUGCUCAAGAAAGACCCUAAAGUGAGCAGGCUAUGUGAACGAUUAACACUAGACGUUAUUUUAGGCGCCUGGCAAGAAGUACCAAGUUCUAAAGUGCAAACAUUCAGUGGAAUACAAGAUGGUGAUGGCUUAGGUCUCGGAAAACCGGAGUUUAAGAACGCAACAAAACCAACUGAAUGUAUCUACCAGGUUAAGUUUCGAACCAUACCGGGUUUUGCAGUUUUUGAGGCGUCUGUUAAGCUUAUUGGGGGUCGUUUUGAAGUGAGCGGGCACAUCAGUCGCAUAAAUCUUUAUGGAUCACAACCGGACUGCAUAAAAAACUCACAUCCCCAUUUGAGGGAAUUUUGCUACUGUCGUCAUGAUACCUGGAAGAAGAACGUUGGAGAGUGA